UGUCGGGAGGCGGGCGCUGCUGGAGGGUGGGUCGUCCUCCGGCUGCCCCCAGGGAGGAGUCCGCGGCGGGCGGGUGGGUUUGUGCCGUGUCUCCCAGCGGCCGCCGGCGGCUCGGCUGCUGUCAUGGCCGUGUUUUUUACUCCCCUCAAGGGCAGAGGCUGGGGCUGUGCCCCUGCGUGUCGCUUACCCAGGGCGUGAAUGUCCUGGGGUAAGAAAAGCCUCUUUAUCUCCUCCCUGGAGAGCCCACCGUUCCACGCACUGCUUCCCUGCAGUGACCUUUACGCCAUCCCUGUAAGAGGACGGGAUGUCUCUGAAGGGGCCUCUGCAAGUUAUUCUGCUGACAUGUAAUGCUCCUGUUGCUGCUGGUGGCACACGGCUGGGAAGGCACUGGCGAGGAGGCUCUCGCUAGGGUGAUGGGUUGGCCCUGUGCGGGCCAGGUGCUGCUCCUUCGCAGGGAGGUCAUGGACAGGCUGCCCUGCCCCAGUCCUCGCUCCAGCAUGAUGCACAGGAGCUGUACGUUCAGGGCAUGGUCCAUUUCUGUUGAAAACCGGGCUGAUGCAUGAGGAGGAGUAUGCCAUGGGAUGCAUCUUUUCCCAGAUGGAGUAGAGCUUAAUUGCUUGUCCAUGAGUUGGCUGUGGUUUAAUGCCACAGGCCAACAUCAAGAAACUGGGACAGGAAGGCUUUGGGGGGCUUUUGGAGUCCUACAUCUUCCUAGUGGUCACUGUCAUAUCCUCUCCUCUCAAAGAUCUGUAUGUCUCUGCGUGUGUCUUUUGCUGCUUUGGGGUACUCAGCCCCAUGGGGCAGAUCUUCCCAGAAUUUGCCAGAAAUUGCUUUGUCUUGUGUUAUUUGUCUGAACAAAGUCAGCUCUGGCUUUAACUGUGUCCAUCUACCUUCCCCCCAGUCUCCUUGCAGGUACUCCAGAAAAUAGGAGUUGCUUUGUCCCAGCUCUUGCGUGCCCCCAGUGCGUCAUGUAAAAAGCAUCCCACCCACAUACAUGGGACCCUUCAGAGCCUGUUGUUUAAUCUAGGUGCUGUCCUAGUUGCCUGCAUGGCAUCCAACCAAUAGGUUACCAAACUUUUCUUUGCAAGCUCCUCUCUGUGUCUAGACGCCCUUUUGGGGUCCUUGCAUCCAACCAUGGCAUUGGGACUCUCUUCCCUGCCAAAGUGAGGGUGGAACAUUUGUGGACCAGCUUUUACUCCAGCUGGUUUUCUCCUGUAGCCCACAGGGAUAGUAGUUGACAGCUUGUUCACGGAGCGCAGUUCUGUCUGGCACAGGUCAGAAUCCCUGACUCUGCCAGUUUGUGGUGAGAAGGAUCCCUGGCACACAUGUCUGGAGACUGGCAGGAUUCAUGCCAUUUUCUGGAAAUUCCUACUGCAGCUGCUUUCUAGCACUUCUCCAGACAUUGACUCCUGCCCCACGCGCAAUGGUCGUAAAUAACAGCAUAGCGUUACCCCUCUUAUACUGUGAGCUGACACAAUCAUUUUGUCAACCCAUAUGGGCAGCGUUUGUUUCAGUGGCAUCUGCUCCCUGCUUAGGGAUCUUUUUGCACAGCAUGUAAAUCUUGGAAGUCCUCCUCUGGGGUAUCAGAGUUGUAUGUUCUGUGAGAUGAGCACCAUCAGGGACUAAUUAGAGACUGCAUACAUGAGAUCAAAUUGGAUAUAUUUGACAUCUCAAAACUUGUAGUCUUAACGUUGCUUGAAAGUGGAAAACUGAAUGUACAUCCUGUGGGGCCUUUCCCCCAAGGUCUUCAUAUAAGUGAUUAAAAACACCAUGAGGAGGGAAGAGUGUGGGGAUGAAGGUGGCAAACUCCAAUUUACUUUAACCAGCUGUGCUCAUGUAUGGGUGCUUCUGCUGAAUGUCAAGAGUGCAAUCCAGUGGUGAAACUGUGAUAUGAUAAAGAACCGAAAAUGGCACAGGUACAGAGGCAGAUGUGAAUGGAGGAGGAAAUUAGAUAGAGUGAGAAGAAGUGGAGAGCCAUUCAUGUUUUGACAUGGAAGUUAAACUGAAUGAAGUUGAGAGGACUUCUCCUUCCAGGUGGCUUGUCCUAUCAGGAGUCAUGGUUUAAUUUGAAACUAGGGAAGAAAAAAAAAAAUUAACAAUUAAAAAAAAAAAUCACACAAUGGCAGUGGCAACUUCCCAGUAGCAGUUAAAAAACUGGAAGUAUGGGUGAAAACACUUAAAUGGAAAACUCUUGAAAAGGAUGGUUUGUGACUUCUAAUGGGGUUUCCAUUGUGGACUACAACUGACAGGGUAUUGUAGUUCUUGAAAUAACAAUACAGACUAGACCUGAUCCUUCUGCAUGAAAUGACUGGGUGCUUUUGCAAGUGAAAGAGCAGGAACAGGGCCUACUCUGGGAACAUAAAACAGAGGGACAGCAGUGUUUUAAUUCUUCCAAUGCUUCUCUCUUUUAAUCCUCAGUUCCUGUAUUCAUAUGACUGCAUGGGGCUAUCAAAUUUCAUAUGAAUAAGGGGGACUAAAUUUAUAGCCCUGGUGUUUGCAGUGGAAAUCUUGGACAAUAUGGACUCUGAAGGUUCAAACAGAAAGCAAGAUGUCCCAGUUUCAUCAUUAAAACUUUUAUUUUAAAAUCCUUGGAGUUGUCCAUAAUGUGAAAGUUGCAAAAGAAGUGUUACACAGAAAAAUUACAAGGAACUGUGAUGUUACUUCCUGUUCUAUGUACCUGGCAUGAGCCAGACUUACAAAAGGGUAAAGCACUAUAUCAAGUUAAGCUUAUAACCAGACUUCCUUUACAAGCUAUGUUUCCAGCUCCCUCUUCCCUCACUCUUCACUGCCUCCACACUACUGGAUUUUGUUCUAGCAGUUUCUGACCUGGUAUUUCCAUGUCUGCUCUCAGACUUGGGGUCAAUAUGAAGGGAAAAUUCCUUUAUCUCAAGAUGCCUGUGGAGAUAUCGGAUGGAAAUAUUUCAAGCACAUAGCCAAUAUAAGGCUUGCUUCUUUCUUAAAAUAGUUUUUCUUGAAACACAAGAAAUAAAGUUUAAUCUUGCACUGGGUUUUCUAUUAAAAUUUGGUGGUAGUGUAAAUGAAAAUUAGUCCUCCCUUGGAUUUUGCAGCAUAAAAUCUGUGGCUUUCAUCUUCAAAGCCACAACAGACUGUUCUGAAUGUUCUUUCUUUUGUGGCCUGAAGGAAUUAAGAAAAUAUGCACAUGCUUCAUUUCUAAUGUGUGUUUUAACUUAAUCUCAUAACAAGAAGAUUGGUGGAAAAGAAGCAGGCACUAUGUUGGAGUAAUGAGAACAAAUCUCUAGAUUUUUCUUUUUAAGGGCUAAGUGUUUGAAUUUUUUUUCCUCACAUUAUUUCCUUUUGUCCUAAUUUACUUGUACUUAUUUCCAUGUUUUCUUCCCUAGAAGGAACUGCAAAGAAAGGAUUCAGAGUUCUCUCUAAUUAUAGUGUAUUGCUGUUACAAUGGUUAAUGUGCCUCAGCAGAAAAAUAUCUCAAGACAGUUGUGUCUGAAACGGGGCUUUUCUGGUUGGUUGGGGUUUUUUUCUAUUUCAGAGGCCCUUUUCUCAGUUUUGUGCAUUUAUUGGUAGGUCAGUAAAUCUGAGCCACCUCAGAUCAAUUAUGAAAAUGGGAAACAUUUCUAAACAUGAAGGAGCAUAUGCAGUUACGAGAAACAAUUUUAUUAACUUAGGAAAGACCAGUGAAAUCAAGGAAGGAGUGAUCAACCUAAUCCAUUUUCUCUGCUCAGAAGCAGAGGCCCCAAACUGACCCCAGAUCAUGCAGGAUUAAAAGUGUGCCUGGCUAAAGGUCUUCAGUUUGAAAUCUAUCAGAAUUUCUUUAAUUUCUUUUUCGUGACAUACUGUCCUAUCUUUAGUUCUCUCUAUAACCAUUUUUUCUUUUUUUCCAGAGUGAAGCUGUGACUCUUCUGCCAAGGGACCCUCAGUUAGCAGUUUUUCAAAGCAGUCUUAGUUGAGGGGUAGACUGAAUUCAGACCAGUGAAGAAACACUUAGCAGACAUAGUUUACAAAUUAACUGACCACAGUAAUGGGAUGCAUUAAAGAGGGUUCCCCUCAGUUUUGCUAUUCGAGAUAGCGAGCUGGGAGACUUUGUUGCUUCCUGCAGUGGCUUUCUUGGUGUGUGGUGCAGCCUGUUUCCUUGCCCAUCAAGUCUCAUACUUAUUGGGCCUUCUACCUGCAUGCUGCUCUCUGCCGCCUUCUGUGCUGCUGGGGGUCUAGUUUGAUGUUCAGCGGUAAAGCAUUUAAUAACUUCAUCAUUCGUGUAUCUGCUCAGCCAAUUCUUUAAUAGGGUCCUACUCUUACAAGUGGCUAAGUAAAGUGACUUGAUAGAUUGCCUUGCAUCGCAGACAGAUAACUAUGUAUUUGAGUGACUAGUGGGUUUUAUGGUUGUGUUUUGUUUUCAUCCCAGUGGGGCACUGCAGUUACUGGGGAGUGAUGUGAAGCUUGUUGUGGCUGACACAUGUUCAACAGUUUGCUUCCAGAAAUCACAUAAUAUUUUGUUUUUCUUGUGGAAUAACUUUUUAAGGCAUAUGUAAGGAGGUGUCAGUCUAACUUGACUUUUAGCUCCCAGUCAUCUGAAUUAGUAGCAGGGCAGUGGAAACUGGUAGAGGAAAGGCUGAAGGUUAACUAACAAACAGUACUAACAAGCCCAUUCCCUGCUUCUAUCUGUGACAAAGUCCUCCAGUCCCUAUAUAUCCUUCCUGAUACAUCCAAGCUGUAGAAGAAGUUGUCUGUCAUGGGAGACUGCUGGUGAGGGGAAGAGAGCAGUGUUAAAACACUGCAAUAUGAGCAUGCUGAAGUACUUCCUACAAUUGGUAGGGGACAGCUUUCUCAUGAUCAGCCCAGACUUACUAUUUUCCGUCGUCUGAAAUUCCCCUGGGUUUCAGGUUGGCUUUUGAUGGAUAGUAGCCACUUGGACCGAAAUCUCUGUGGUUGCUAGUCACCGUGGUAUGGAGUACAGGUGUCCAUCUGAGCCCUGUAGGCCAGAGUGUCAGAGCAGCACAAACUUCCUUGUGGGUAAUGGUAGAAAUUUUUUUUUUUUUCUAGAGCUCACUGAGUGGUACUCCCCACCUCAGUUUGUCCACAUCCAGCAGAUUUGUCAUCCAUACUACCACAUGGACUGUUAUUGGCCUCAGCACUACCUUCUGUUUUCUUCUGUUUUACUUCUGAAUCUAGACUCCUGUGGGCUCAGAAGCCUUCUGGAAGACAUGUUUUAUAUUUCUUUUUAAAGCUUUCUUGGAGCACAGACAAAGGAUUCAGGAGUAGGGGAGGUUGAAAGGAAGUGUGGGAGCAGUCUGCUUACCAACUCUAACUAUGGAAUCACAGUAUAGGACAGGAAGCUGAUUUAAGGAGAGAAACAGAAAAGUCUUUAUUGCUUGUGGAAGGAGAAGCAAGAUUUAUAUACUUCAAAAAGAUCUACUGUAGUUUUCUGCCACUUAAUGCUAACAGGAAAAAAACAAAAAACAAAAAAACCCCCUCAUCUGCUUGAGGAGAUUCUGUUGUAAUGUAUCCAGUGGCUGUUCCUGCACCAGGAGGUGAAGGAAAUAAUGGACAACAUGGGAAACUUAUUUUUUUCCUUUUUGUUUUUGGAGCUGUGUUGCUCUGCGCUGGAUUCCUGCUUUCAGUCUUUAUUCUCCAGUCGUGCCCAUCUGGAACCUUCAGUGACUGUAAUGAGGUCCUCAAGGCUGCGGGGCCCGUGCUCACUGUAACUGGACUGGUUUGUGUUUUACUGGCCCGAUCAAGGGCUAGGCUGUAUAUAAGACAAAGACAAUUGCAAAAUGAGCAGGUGUACAGCCUUAUUUUUUGUCACGGUAGCUGUCAGUUUGCCCAGUUUCUCAUAUUUGGAUUCCUGUUUUUAACUAGUGGAAUGCUAAUUAGCAUCCUGGGCAUUUGGGUUCCUGGCUGCAGCCCCAGCUGGCACAGCAUACAGCUCAACCACACCGGCAGUUCUGAUGUGGACCUCCAGGGCUGUGGAUUCCUGUCACUUCAAAUCAUGGGACCUUUGAUUGUGCUCACUGGGUUGUGUUUCUUCGUGAUAGCUCAUGUUAAAAAGAAACAAAACUUAAAUCUCAACCAAGAAUCUUGCGAAAGUGAAGAACAUCCUGAGAGCCCUGACUCUUUUCAGGUUACAGUAGGUGAUGCUGUAAUGGUAUUCCCACCUCCACCACCUCCUUAUUUUGCGGAUGCUGUGUCACCAACUGUGACACAUUGUCUUAUGUCAAGUGGUUUGCCUACAAGUGAAAACCCUCCACCAUACCACUCUAUCUUCAGUGAUGGAGCACAGCUUGCAGAUGAUGGAAGAACAGUUGCUGUUAGAGACUAUGAAACCAUAUAUACAAUUUCUGGAAGCAGCUCACCGUCAGAUAUUUUACCGAUGCUAUACCUCUCCUCUGAAUCGCCUCCACAAUAUGAAGAAAAAGCAUCAAUAACAAAUAAUGAAUAUUCUCCAUCUUCUUCUUCAUCUUCUUCGACUAUUUCCUUAGCCACAUCUGACACCAGCUCAUAGAGGACUGUCAGUUAGACUUCAUUUUUAAAUUAAAUUGUACACCUAGAUUUACAAUUUUUGAAUUUAUUUACAUUUUGUAAUAAAAGCAAUAACGUUG